AUGUCGAUGUCAACAUUUCAAAAGGUUACGCUCGUGUCUUGUCUCGUGCUCUGCGUUGCUCUUCUGCUUCCGAAAAUGCUGCUAGGCGGAGGAAAGAAGGGUGCACAGACCGAGGGUAAGGUUUACGCUCUAAAAAUGAUAAAUAUCUUUAUUAUUCUAGCUAACUAUUAUAGAUUCGUGCGUAGGCUUACCUUUCCUUGCAUUUAACACAAUUUAUUUUUACUGCACAUUGUCGUUUAUUUCUGGUUUAUCUUUGAAAAAUACCAGCUACAUCCCUACAGAGGGCGCUAUCAUUACCGUGGACGAGUGGUGGGUCAGCUGUUUGUUCACCCGCACCCGACCGCAUCCGCAAAUAUAGAACAUGCGCUACAGGCUACAGUCAAAGACAGCGGAACGAUUUUUAACUGGGUGCAGGAUUUUUUUUGCCUGAUUUAGAUAUGUUUCUGCUUAUAAUUUCCAACAUUUUGGUAGGGAAUUUGUUAGUCAACUUGUCUAUAAUUAGAUAGCAUACAUGCAGCUUCUCUUCUGUAAUUAUAUGUUGCCCUAGAAGACUAAAUAAACUCUUGCUCAACAGAAUAAUGUCAUAAAUCAAUAGAAUGAACGCUUCAAUCUAGUUGACAUUGGUAAAGUGUUCUCUGUCAUCUUCUUUCACGGAGCAAAGACGUUUAGGGACCGGGGAGAAAAUGCAAUAACUCUGGAAAAGUUUUUCUGUGCAACAUUUCCAAAUUACAUCAGUUUGACCAGUUGUAAGGAAAUAGAAACAUUUGGCGAUUGGCGUGUAGGCUAUUUGGCUCAUGUACAGUUCAGCCCUAAAGUUUAGGCGUAUGCACCAAUGCCAGAUAGCCUAAAAUAAUGAAAGAAAAACCUAAAUGUAGCCUAUAGAUAAAAAGUGCACAAGAAUGAUACAUUUAUGGAUUUUUUAUGGUAUUGUCUCUUUAUUCAACCCGCCCGCCACCCACCGCCCUUCAUCCACACAAUAUUUAAUGACCCUAAACCCGUCCACCCCGCAUUAGCAACAGCAGGGCUACCAACUCACCGUCGUCCAGUGUAUCCAUUGUGUUAAUUCCAGUAUAUCACAGUAUCGGGUUCAUCUACCUCAUUUGCUGUGCAGGUUCAGGACGGUUUCCUCCCAUGGUGCACCGGCAGAUGGCUCCGGACAGUCAGGGCCAGAGGGCUGCUGGGUCCACCAGGGCACACAACACCGAAGCUAUCACCAGGGCUAAGGGGGGUGGGGGCACAGGGGUAGGGACCGGGGGCAAGUCCAAUCUGGCAGGGCAGAUCAUCCCCAUCUACGGCUUUGGGAUCCUCCUUUACAUCCUCUACAUCCUGUUUAAGGUGCGAUGUUGUGGGGUUGACAUAGGAUACAUAUAUACAUACACACACAAACACACACACACAAUAGGGAUGAGCAUUUGAAAGAAUGUGUGUUCCAGUACUCUCAUGAAAAUGAGUACUCGCAUGUUAGCGUUUUAAAUGUGCAACGGGGCUGAAGGCAAAAAGUUUGCAUGCAAAAAUUUAUCGGAUACAAACCUUGAAUCAAGUACUCUGGCCAAGCCCUAACGUGCACAUACUAGGAAGACACGCAUGCACACACAGUCCAUUGUAUCCUAUUCUCACAGAAACGGUCCAAAUCGGAUGCCCAUUUAUGAUCUGUGUGUUGUAUGUUCAAAAGACACAAGGUUUAAAUCCUUAAAUCCUAUUGUGUUGAAGAUAAUGUUUUUUUUUCUCUUCUCCAAAGAUAACCUCAAAGGGGAAGAGUGCUGUACCAACUGAGCCCAGAUUUCCCUCAGUGAGAGCAGAGAACCGGAAGAGAAAGAUCAGUGAGUUAAACUGUAAUCUCACAAUUCUUAAAUCAUUCCUCUUCAAGAAUCAGUCAGAUUGAUAAUUCUAUACAAAGAAACAGCAACAGUAAUUUUAAUAGUUUCUCUCAAAAACAUACAAUCAAAUAGCUUAGCUUCACUUCAGACAAUGCCAACCUGAAAAGUCUUAACCGACCCUCUCUCCUCCUCUCGCUCUCCCUCUCCCUAGCGGACUUUGAGCUGACUCAGCUACAGGAUAAGCUGAGGGAGACCGAGAUGGUGAUGGAGAGGAUUGUGUCCAAAGCCAGCUACAGUCCUGAAAGGUUUGUUGUUUACCUGGCCGAAGUCUUGCUCCUCCUCGAACCUCUCUCAUUUGUUCUCCCUUCAGUCUCUCUUUGUAUACCAAAGAACACACAGUUGAAGUCGGAAGUUUACAUACACUUAGGUUGGAGUCAUUCAAACUCAUUUUUCAACCACUCCACACAUUUCUUGUUAACAAACUAUAGUUUUGGCAAGUUGGUUAGGACAUCUACUUUGUGCAUGACACAAGUAAUUUUUCCAACAAUUGUUUACAGACAGAUUAUUUCACUUAUAAUUCACUGUAUCACAAUUCCAGUGGGUCAGAAGUUUACAUACACUAAGUUGACUGUGCCUUUAAACAGCUUGGAAAAUUCCAGAAAAUGUCAUGGCUUUAGAAGCUUCUGAUAUGCUAAUUGACAUAAUUUGAGUCAAUUGGAGGUGUACCUGUAGAUGUAUUUCAAGGCCUACCUUCAAACUCAGUGCCUCUUUGCUUGACAUCAUGGGAAAAUCAAAAGAAAUCAGCCAAGACCUCCACAAGUCUGGGUCAUCCUUGGGAGCAAUUUCCAAACACCUGAAGGUACCACGUUCAUCUGUACAAACAAUAUGCAAGCAUAAACACCAUGGGACCACGCAGCCGUCAUACCGCUCAGGAAGGAGACGCGUUCUGUCUCCUAGAGAUGAACAUACUUUGGUGUGAAAAGUGCAAAUCAAUCCCAGAACAACAGCAAAGGACCUUGUGAAGAUGCUGGAGGAAACAGGUACAAAAAUAUCUAUAUCCACAGUAAAAGGAGUCCUAUAUCGACAUAACCUGAAAGGCCGCUCAGCAAGGAAGAAGCCACUGCUCCAAAACCGCCAAAAAAAAGACAGACUACGGUUUGCAACUGCACAUGGGGACAAAGAUCAUACUUUUUAGAGAAAUAUCUUCUGGUCUGAUGAAACAAAAAUAGAACUGUUUGGCCAUAAUGACCAUCGUUAUGUUUGGAGGAAAAAGGGAGUUGCUUGCAAGCCGAAAAACACCAUCCCAACCGUGAAGCACGGGGCUGGCAGCAUCAUGCUGUGGGGGUGCUUUGCUGCAGGAGGGACUGGUGCACUUCACAAAAUAGAUGGCAUCAUGAGGAAGGAAAAUUAUGUGGAUAUAUUGAAGCAACAUCUCAAGACAUCAGUCAGGAAGUUAAAGCUUGGUCGCAAUUGGGUCUUCCAAAUGGACAAUGACCCCAAGCAUACUUCCAAAGUUGUGGCGAAAUGGCUUAAGGACAACAAAGUCAAGGAAUUGGAGUGGCCAUCACAAAGCCCUGACCUCAAUCCUAUAGAAAAUGUGUGGGCAGAAAUGAAAAAGCGUGUGCGAGCAAGGAGGCCUACAAACGUGACUCAGUUACACCAGCUCUGUCAGGAGGAAUGGGCCAAAAUUCACCCAACUUAUUGUGGAAGGCUACCCGAAACAUUUGACCCAAAUUAAACAAUUUAAAGGCAAUGCUACCAAAUACUAAUUGAGUGUAUGUAAACUUCUGACCCACUGGGAAUGUGAUGAAAGAAAUAAAAGCUGAAAUAAAUAAUUCUCUCUACUAUUAUUCUGACAUUUCACAUUCUUAAAGUGGUGAUCCUAACUGACCUAAGACAGGGAAUUUUUACUAGGAUUAAAUGUCAGGAAUUGUGAAAAACUGAGUUUAAAUGUAUUUGGCUAAGGUGUAUGUAAACUUCCGACUUCAACAUGUAACUUUAAAAAAAAAUCUGGGUCGCUUUCUUUUCCCACCUUACACCCUUUCUGCUGGCCAAUGUGUAUAUAUAUUUAUAUAUAUAUAUACAGUGAGGGAAAAAAGUAUUUGAUCCCCUGCUGAUUUUGUACGUUUGCCCACUGACAAAGAAAUUAUCAGUCUAUAAUUUUAAAGUUCAUUGGCAAACUUCAGACGGGCCUGUAUAUGUGCUUUCUUGAGCAGGGGGACCUUGCGGGCGCUGCAGGAUUUCAGUCCUUCACGGCGUAGUGUGUUACCAAUUAUUUUCUUGGUGACUAUGGUCCCAGCUGACUUGAGAUCAUUGACAAGAUCCUCCUGUGUAGUUCUGGGCUGAUUCCUCACUCUUCUCAUGAUCAUUGCAACUCCACGAGGUGAGAUCUUGCAUGGAGCCCCAGGCCGAUGGAGAUUGACAGUUAUUUUGUGUUUCUUCCAUUUGCGAAUAAUCGCACCAACUGUUGUCAUCUUCUCACCAAGCUGCUUGGCGAUGGUCUUGUAGCCCAUUCAAGCCUUGUGUAGGUCUACAAUCUUGUCCCUGACAUCCUUGGAGAGCUCUUUGGUCUUGGCCAUGGUGGAGAGUUUGGAAUCUGAUUGAUUGAUUGCUUCUGUGGACAGGUGUCUUUUAUACAGGUAACAAGCUGAGAUUAGGAGCACUCCCUUUUAGAGUGUGCUCCUAAUCUCAGCUCGUUACCUGUAUAAAAGACACCUGGGAGCCAGAAAUCUUUCUGAUUGAGAGGGGGUCAAAUACUUAUUUCCCUCAUUAAAAUGCAAAUCAAUUUAUAACAUUUUUGACAUGCGUUUUUGUGGAUUUUGUUGUUGUUAUUCUGUCUCUCACUGUUCAAAUAAACCUACCAUUAAAAUUAUAGACUGAUCAUUUCUUUGUCAGUGGGCAAACGUACAAAAUCAGCAGGGGAUCAAAUACUUUUUUCCCUCACUGUAUAUAUAUAUAUAUAUAUACAUACACUGCUAAAAAAAAUAAAGGGAACACUUAAACAACAAUGUAACUCCAAGUCAAUCACACUUCUGUGAAAUCAAACUGUCCACUUAGGAAGCAACACUGAUUGACAAUACAUUUCACAUGCUGUUGUGCAAAUGGAAUAGACAACAGGUGGAAAUUAUAGGCAAUUAGCAAGACACCCCCAAUAAAGGACUGGUUUUGCAGGUGGUGACCACAGACCACUUCUCAGUUCCUAUGCUUCCUGGCUGAUGUUUUGGUGACUUUUGAAUUCUGGCGGUGCUUUCACUCUAGUGGUAGCAUGAGACGGAGUCUACAACCCACACAAGUGGCUCAGGUAGUGCAGCUCAUCCAGGAUGACACAUCAAUGCGAGCUGUGGCAAGAAGGUUUGCUGUGUCUGUCAGCGUAGUGUCCAGAGCAUUGGCGGUGGGUUAGUCAUGGUGUGGGGUGGCAUUUCUUUGGGGGGCCGCACAGCCCUCCAUGUGCUCGCCAGAGGUAGCCUGACUGCCAUUAGGUACCGAGAUGAGAUCCUCAGACCCCUUGUGAGACCAUAUGCUGGUGCGGUUGGCCCUGGGUUCCUCCUAAUGCAAGACAAUGCUAGACCUCAUGUGGCUGGAGUGUGUCAGCAGUUCCUGCAAGAGGAAGGCAUUGAUGCUAUGGACUGGCCCGCCCGUUCCCCAGACCUGAAUCCAAUUGAGCACAUCUGGGACAUCAUGUCUCGCUCCAUCCACCAACGCCACGUUGCACCACAGACUGUCCAGGAGUUGGCAGAUGCUUUAGUCCAGGUCUGGGAGGAGAUCCCUCAGGAGACCAUCCGCCACCUCAUCAGGAGCAUGCCCAGGCGUUGUAGGGUGGUCAUACAGGCACGUGGAGGCCACAAACACUACUGAGCCUCAUUUUGACUUGUUUUAAGGACAUUACAUCAAAGUUGGAUCAGCCUGUAGUGUGGUUUUCCACUUUAAUUUUGAGGGUGACUCCAAAUCCAGACCUCCAUGGGUUGAUAAAUUUGAUUUCCAUUGAUAAUUUUUGUGUGAUUUAUUUCAUUCAUUCAGAUCUAGGAUGUGUUAUUUUAGUGUUCCCUUUAUUUUUUUGAGCAGUGUAUAUAAAUUAUAUACAUAUAUAUUUUUUUUGGUGGUCUGUUUUUCUCUUAGGAUUUUGGAAAUUCUCCCAUGACCCCAUUUUCAUCAGGCACGACCCCUAGUUUGGGAAUCGCUACCCUAAGCAUACUGACCUAUGGUGUGUGCUGCUCUCUCUGCAGGGUGACAGGGGUGAGUGCCGACCAGGAGGAGAGACUGCUUCUCCAGCUGAGAGAGAUCACGCGGGUGAUGCAGGAGGGCCGCCUGGUGGAGGGGGUCGCCCCCGCAGAGAUGGGGGCCCAACACUAUGAAGGUACACUGGGAUUUAACCCCUUUCUGUGCCUUUUUCCUGUACCCCACCAUACCAAUAUGGGAAUUCUUUCUAAACAACACUUCAAUUGUGCUUCUUUAAAAUGGUCUUAAAAGUCUCUUUUAUGACAUCAUUCAAGACAUACAUGUCAUCCACAUUCAACAAUAUGGAGAUAUACAAGGUUCUGGUGUAACAUACAGUAGGGUUUAGUGCCUCUGAGGGCUGGAUGGAAACGUAAUACUAUACUGUUUAUGUAUCCAUUGUUGAAUUAGGUUUCCCUGAGGAUCCCCAUCCAUGCUGGGAAGAGCCCUUCUGUGGAUACGACAAUACCCAGGCGACCAGCACCGAGGAGCAGCCAGAGAGGACCGACGAGUGUGGGGCUGACCAGAAGGAGAGUGGGGCUUACCAGGAGAAGGGUGGGGCUUACCAGGAGGCGGGUAGGGCUGACCAGGAACGCUGGGCUGACCAGGAUAAGGGUGGGUCUGACCAGGAAGAGGGUGUGGCAAAUGAGGAGGAGAGUGGGGUUGACCAGGAAGAGGGCAGGGCUGACCAGAAGGAGGGUGCGGCUGAGGAUGAUGUAGGUGUAGCUGAGGCAGGGGCUGAUUUGAAUACUGAUGAUGAGGGAGGUGCUGAUUUGGCCACUGGGAAUGAGGAAGGUGGGGCUAAGUGUGAUGUGGGUGGGACUGAGGUGGAGAAAGAAGUAAUGUACAGUGAGGAGGGUGGGGCCAAUGACAAGCUAGGUGUGGCUGAUAAAGACAGGGGCGGUGCAGAGGAGGAGCUUGAGUUUACACUGAAGAUGUCCGUGUUGGAGCGAGAGGAAAAGGACAGUGUUAACCUGUCAACUAGCCGUUUUCGCGUUAGAAGGAAAAGGAACAAGAAGCAGAAGAAAUGA